UUCACUCGCUCGCGUAGCAGGAGCCGCCUUCUGCCGCACGCAGCGGGCUGGGCGUCUCUAUCUCUCUCACCCCCGAUCUGAAGCGUCGCCCCCCCCUCCUUCCUUCCUCCUCCUCCCCGCCUGCCAGCCAAGCUCGCGCCCCCGCCCCUCCUCCCCCCGCUGCCAGCCGGAGCCGAAGCCGGAGCGGAGCCCGGGCGGCUCAUUGCGGAGCGAAGCUGCAGCCGCGAUGGCCACGACCGUGACCUGCACCCGCUUCACCGACGAGUAUCAGCUGUACGAGGAAAUUGGCAAGGGGGCUUUCUCAGUUGUGCGGCGCUGUGUCAAACUCUGCACCGGACACGAAUAUGCGGCAAAGAUUAUCAACACCAAGAAGCUCUCAGCCAGAGAUCAUCAGAAGUUGGAGCGAGAAGCUCGAAUUUGCCGUCUCCUGAAGCAUUCCAACAUCGUUCGCCUCCAUGAUAGCAUAUCUGAGGAAGGCUUCCACUACCUCGUCUUUGAUCUGGUCACGGGCGGGGAGCUCUUUGAAGACAUUGUUGCCAGGGAAUACUACAGUGAAGCCGAUGCAAGUCAUUGCAUCCAGCAGAUCCUGGAGGCUGUUCUCCAUUGCCACCAAAUGGGGGUCGUCCACAGAGACCUCAAGCCGGAGAACCUGCUUCUGGCCAGCAAAUGCAAAGGAGCGGCAGUGAAGUUGGCAGACUUUGGCUUGGCGAUUGAGGUGCAAGGAGACCAGCAGGCCUGGUUUGGCUUUGCAGGCACUCCUGGCUAUCUCUCUCCUGAAGUUCUACGCAAAGAAGCUUAUGGCAAACCUGUGGAUAUCUGGGCAUGUGGUGUUAUUUUAUACAUCUUAUUGGUUGGGUACCCGCCUUUCUGGGAUGAGGAUCAGCACAAGCUGUACCAACAGAUUAAGGCCGGAGCCUACGAUUUUCCUUCUCCUGAGUGGGACACAGUCACUCCCGAAGCAAAAAACCUCAUAAACCAGAUGUUAACCAUCAAUCCAGCAAAGAGAAUCACAGCUCACGAAGCUCUGAAACAUCCAUGGGUCUGUCAACGUUCAACAGUGGCCUCCAUGAUGCACAGACAGGAAACCGUAGAGUGUCUGAAAAAGUUCAAUGCCAGAAGGAAGCUCAAGGGUGCAAUUCUUACCACUAUGUUGGCAACGAGAAACUUUUCAGUGGGCAGACAGACCACCGCUCCUGCCACAAUGUCUGCAGCAGCAGCAGCCUCCGGUGCCACCAUGGGUUUGGUGGAGCAAGCUAAGAGCUUACUGAACAAGAAAGCUGACGGCGUGAAGCCUCAAACAAACAGCACCAAAGGCAGCACCGGAGUUACCAGCCCGAAAGGGACCCUUCCUCCAGCCGCGCUGGAACCUCAAACCACCGUUAUCCAUAACCCAGUGGACGGCAUUAAGGAAUCCUCCGACAGCACAAACACCACCAUAGAGGAUGAGGACACGAAAGUUAAGGCUGCUGAUAAUGAGCUUGUAAAAAGCCAGUUGAAUCCAGGAUCUGUCCCUGAACUUCCUCCCAGUCUGCAGACUUCUCCGAUGCCAUCUGCCGCUGCUGCUGUUGCUGCUGCUUUACCCAAGCUGACUGAUGUAUUAGGCAUGGUGAAAAAGGGAUCAGGGGCCCCAGAAGCUGAAGAGUCAAAGACUUUGGUCUCUCCACCCUGCAUAUCUCCAGCUGUUGCAAACCCUCUACCUCCCCAGUCUGCAAAGCUUUCUGAUGUAUUAGGCAUGGUGAAACGGGGCUCUGGGCCACCAGAAGCAGAAGAAGCAAAGCCUUCCAUCACUUUGCCCUUCCCUCCUUCUGUUGUUGCAAAUCCUGUUCCUCUCCAGUCUGCCAAACUGUCUGAUGUAUUAGGCAUGGUGAAAAAGGGGUCUGGGCCUCCAGGGGCUGAAGAAUCAAAGCCUUCCAUCCCUCUGCCUAGCCCAUCUCCAGGGGCUGCAAAUCCUCUUCCUUUCCAGUCUGCAAAACUCUGUGAUGUAUUAGGCAUGGUGAAAAAGGGCUCUGGGCUUCCUGAAGGCGAAGAGCCAAAGUCCUCCAUCACCCUUCCAUGCCCACCUUCAGGUGCUGCCAGCCCUCUUCCUCCCCAGUCUGCCAAGUUGUCUGAUAUUCUAAGCAUGGUGAAACGGGGCUCUGGAGCCCCAGAAGCUGAGGGGCCACAGCCAGCUGUCACCCAGCUUUUCCCAAUUCCACUCAUCCCAAAUCCUCUGCCUUCGGAUCCCCGCAAGCAGGAAAUCAUAAAGAUUACAGAGCAGCUGAUUGAGGCUGUGAACAAUGGGGACUUCGAGGCAUAUGCAAAAAUAUGCGAUCCAGGCCUAACUUCGUUCGAACCAGAAGCCUUGGGCAACCUUGUUGAAGGGAUGGACUUCCACAGAUUUUAUUUUGAAAACUUGUUAUCUAAGAACAACAAGCCCAUUCACACAACCAUCCUGAACCCUCACGUGCACGUCAUUGGGGAAGAUGCAGCCUGCAUUGCCUACAUCCGCCUGACGCAGUACAUUGAUGGGCAGGGCCGCCCUCGCACUUGCCAGUCGGAGGAGACCCGCGUCUGGCACCGCCGCGAUGGCAAGUGGCAGAAUGUCCACUUCCACUGCUCGGGAGCACCUGUGGCACCACUCCAGUGAAGAGCUAAUGCUGGAUAUUCUGGUUUCAUCUCGAAGGAGACGGUGAUUUGAGCUGAGCCGCUAGCCAGGAGCAGCGGUGACAAGCACGUGCCCGCAUGCUCGUAUCCCCCCCCUUCCCCAUCCUCUCCUCUUUUCAUUUCCAGUGCCUGUGUUUGCAGAAAAGAAAAGAAAAAACCCUAAUCUAAAAAAAGGAAAAAUAUAUAUAUAUAAAAGGAAAAAAGGAAAAAUCCAACCAGACUUGAUUCUAAAUAAAUAAAUCAGCAAACCCAGCCGAACCAACCCAGCUGUCCGACUCGCAGCGUGGCCACACUGCGCCUCCCAAAUCCCCACCAACUCCAUUUCUUUGUGUCCGUCCGUCCGGCUGUUCAGGUGACCAGGUGUUGCAAUGAAAAAUGUCUCAACUUCAAACAAAACAAAACAAAACAAAAAAGGCUCCACCUCCCUGUGUCGACCCCAGUGUUGAACGGUGUUAGUUUGUUAGGUGAAAUAUAUAUAAAUAUAAAUAUAUAUAUAUAUAAAAACAAAAAACCCAGAAAAAACUUUUACAGUAUUUGCAUUCUCUGCCAAAGCAUGGGCCUUCUCCAGUGGUCGUGUUCGCGCUUGGAAGUCUGUGACCUGUGUUACCGUUUGUUUUUGCGGAGGAUGCUCUUUCCGAGCUCUCGGGCUGACCGUUUCUUUUCUCCUCUAGCUGUGGUUGUGGAUUAUGAUGAUGAUGAUUAUAAUUAUUCAGACUCUUUAUUUAUUUUGUUCUUUUUUCGGCUAGAAGGUGACCCUUUCUGGGGUGGGGGGGGUGGAGGGUGGGGCUUUGUUUCCUGGGCCCCUCCCAUGCUAACCCAGAGCCAGCGAUUACCCGGCGGCAGUUGGCUGUGGCCAGGCUGACAGAUUCUUCACGCGAAGGGUAACAUAGCCUUAGAGAUAUAAAGAGGUCUCACUUGCAGGUUUUUUUGAAUGUCUGGAUUCUCAUUGGCACUCACAUUUCCCAAGCAUCCCUGACCCCGACCUCUUGCCAAAGGGCUACCAACAGUUGUGUCGUCGUGCCUGUGCCCAUGCCAUGGCUUGCUUACAGUGGGGAAGGCCGCCCCGGCUUAAUGGGGCUGGCUGGGACAGUCGGGACAGUUACAGAUUAGGAGAGCUGGGGAGGAGGAAGGUUGACACCGCUGAACCUCAUCCUCUUAACGGCUCUCAAAAUUGGACUCCCUGCCCAACAGAAGGGAGCAGCGGGUACUUCCUUGGAAAGCAUUUUGUCGGCUUUUGCUUUCUGAAAGUCCAGCCCAGCUUUCUCCUCUGUGUUUUUCCUUUGAGCAGAAACCCGUGUUGGUUUCAAAGAAGAAAAACAAACACAAAAGGGCUGGUUUGCUGCCUUAGCGGAUCAGUUCUCAGGUUUUCCUCAGCCGCGAAGGAGGAGGGCUGGUCAGCUAAGCUUGCACUUGGCCGUUCCCUCGCUCCUUCCAGCUUGGUGAACUCACUCACCGAGAGCAAGAGCCUCCUGGCAACAAACUCUCUGCAAAUUCCUCUAGCAGGGGAGAGGAAACCACUUCAGGCAGCUUCUGGAGCUGACUCUGCAGGCAGCCCUAAACAAGCCAAGCCAAAGGGGGAGCGGGUGAUGCUCCGAAUGGACCAAGCGCCCUAGUGGAGGAAGAAGGGGAUGGAGUGGCUGUCUCUCUAUGGGUCAGUGCAAGCAAAAUGCUGUGGAGCUGCAUCCAUUACCAACCACAGCUCUGUUAGGUGUGCCCCCCCCUAA